AUGUAUAUUUUAGUACAAAAGCUCGAUUCGAAUCGUCGUAUUCAAGCAACGACACCACGUAAACCGACGUGUAUUCGAACUGCGCCGCCAUCAUCGACCCGCCUGCAACGAUCUCGUACCACAGCAUCUGAGCGACGAAGUCGAAAAUCGUUAACAUAUAAAAGUUGCGGCCAAACAGUUUCAAGCGAAAAUGAAUUGAUCAACAAUACACUAACAACAUUUAGCGAAAGUGAAAACGUUCCCGAAGAAAACAAAAGCGAAUCAAAAACAAUGUGGCGUUCUGUAGUUACUUGUAUGCCCGCGCCGAAGAAACCAAUCUCUAAACGAAGUCAACAUGCUCUCGAUGAUAUACGAGCUAUGAAACAGCAACAUAUCCUACAAGAUCCUAUUGGAUCGAAUCGUCCCGUUCUACCGAAUAUCCGAUUGGUGCCUAAGACGAAAUUUCUCUACAAAGGUUUAGCGUUCAAAGAAGUGAAGAAAAUAUCCGGAAUUACCGACGAAUACGAGGACAUUAGUUUAAAUUCAUUGAAAAGACCGUUAGUCGAUUAUAGUCGUACUGAAGCAUAUAUGCGACACGAGAUCAAUGCUGCGCGAUCGAAACAGAAACCUCGACAGAAACUAAACGCACAAAAUGCAAACGAUGAGCCGAUGACAAGAAGUCAAACCGUGCUUGAUAUACGCGAAACACGUAAGCGUAUCGUCAAAGGUACAACUGCUACACAUUAUCCUGCAUCGAAAAGACCAGGGCGACCUGAAAGAAAUGAAUUAUCAGGCUCUGAAGUACUUGUUCCAAUCCGAAAUUUCAGUUCAUUAAGUAAUGUACCUAUCUCAACAUCUGUUGUCUGUCCAUCAUUACCUGCACAACAUUACAAGGCUGGAUAUACUUCACCGAUGACAUCUCAAAAUUUUGAUAUACCUUCAAUCGAAACGAAUCUCACAGUCUCGAUCGUUCAACAGCCAGAACAACGUCCGCCGACAGGAAAGUCAUCUACUAUAAGUCAAGCGAUGAAUACAAGUGAAAUAACGCUCUUAACUAAAUAUGUAAAACGACCACGAAGUACGGCUCGUCAGGCACCAGCAGAAUCAGUAGUGACAUAUAAGAAAUAA